CUUGAGCCGUGUCAUGUGUGAUCCAGUUUGGGAAUUUCAGCCAUCGGACCGUACAUUUUGAACGCGAAAUCGAAGAGUUCCUUUCCCAAGCAACGUGUUCACUUGGAUGUGACCGAAGUCUUGCGAAAAAAGGCCGGCAUUGGAUACUCCGAAUUGGAAGAGUUGGAGAGUCGACUUCUGCAACAUCCAUUGAUUUUAUUUCCACAAUUGCGACAAUCGAUUCCAAAUAAGCAAUUCGAGGAUGCGCUGUCUAUUUUGGACCCCAAAAUGAGAGUUCAAGCAGCAUGCGAUGCUGCCAAUCACGAGGAAGCUUUCGGCCAAAAAAGAGAGAAAGAACCUGUGAAGACCUCAGUGGCAACACAAGUAGAACACUACGAAUUACCGAUUUCAAAGAAUCAUGAAAGGUCGAAAAGUACGCGGCUUUUUGGAACAAAAUGCACCACGGAAUUUGACUGGGAGCCCGAAAUAUUUCAAGAUAAUCCACUCCUGUUGGAGAAAACAGAAGAGUUUUGUCGUUGGGUUUCGAAUCUGGACGAGGGUAAAGAAGAUACACAAGAAACGACAACAAUCGCCAGUCUAUUCUCAGGAAGUCUCGAGACUCAACCUCCGACCUCUUGGCCAAUCAGCGACGCAGACCUCAUCCAUGAGCCUAGAGGCCUUCAUGCUGAAUUCGCCUGGCCACCUGAAAACACUAAGGCACGACAGCCGUUCGGUAGAUGGCAUGCAAAGUAUCCGACUAAUACUCUGCAACCGAUAGGACAGAAAGGUAAGCGCCUUGAUAAAUUCAGGACCAGUCUUUGGCCCCCUCCAUCAGGAUCAGGAUCAGUGCAAGCGACUGAGAUGAAAAUCCAACAGGGCUAUAAUUCCAAGGUCACCGAAGUUCGGGCGAGAGCUGACCAUUUGAACAACAGGCUGAAGCACACGUAUGAGUACGCAGCAUUUAUGGAAUACGCAAAGAAAGGAAACAAAAGGAUACCACAGGUGUUCGGUUUAGGCAACAGCGCCUAUCCUCAUUUUAAUGCUUGCGCAAAGCUAGUUGAUCGUUUGCUUCAUCGACACGGUGGCACUCGGCUUCUUCAGCCGGUUUUUAGCGAUGAACUUCAGGAUCAGGAAAGAACAUUUCUUACCUGGCAGUUGCAAGUGACUGAGGCUAUCAGGUCUCGCUUACAUGUGAUGGAAGCCGUCAAUUCAAAUGUACCGAUUCGCCCUCUCUAUCAAAAGAUGUCAGUACCCCGAGGUGCACUGACUGGUGGUAAACUUUUUGUCGGCGAGCCACACACUUUGGGAUCGUACAAAUAUCAAAAAAUCCCAUUUAACUCGAAGAACCCGUUUUUGGCAAAAGUGAUAGUAAACGAGGAAUUGUACAACUUUACAGUGCGGUCAUGCAGGCAUAUUGAACUUGACAUCGAUGGUUCCUCCUUCAGUUAUCGUCCAGGUGACCAUGUAGCUGUACUACCGAGCAACCCUAUGGCAUUGGUUGAGUCAAUAGGUGAGCUACUGCGCAUCAACCUGGACGAACCCUUUGCGUUACUUUCUAGCGAAACGCUUAAUCUUCGCAAGUCCCCGUUUCCAUGCCCAUGCACUUAUCGCACAGCAUUGACCCACUACGUCGAUUUGACCGGUCCACCCUCACUCCGGACACUAUCGGCGUUGGCCGACUUUACCGAGAACAUGCUUGAGGCGGAGCAGUUGCGCUUUUUCGUCUCCAACACGACAGAUGGCCAAGCAGACGAUUUCACGGGCUGACUACCCAUUGGCUCGGUAGUUUAUUGCCGCAGACAAUCUCUGGGGCUCGAGUUCCAAUAUACCUGAAGACGAGCUCCUUUCAUUUGCCACGAAGUAGCAGAAUUCCGAUUAUCAUGGUGGCAACUGGCACGGGUCUGGCCCCGUUUCGAGCUUUUAUCCAAGA